CAAACAAACAAGGGUCCUCCUCUUCAUCCUCUUCCUCCGGAUGCAGGGCAGGGCAAGUGUAACGCAAAAACAGCAACGAACACAUGGCGCCAUUCAUGCUCCACCAUCCUCUGGUUUCCAGACGUCUUUCGUCGCGAUCCCCAUCUUAUACAUUCCUGCUCAUCCUCCAUCUCUUCAUCCUUCCAUCUUGCAGCAGCAGAAGCAGCUCCCUGUAGGAUGUGCAAAUAUUCUGCAGCAGGAGUACCAACAUCCCAUAUCGUGACAUUCAGUUCUAGAGUCAUACAACAUUAGGGGAUCAUUUCUUAAAUUGUUCACAUUUCACUGGAAAGCUUGUCUUAUUACCGACCUGCUUGAGAAUUUGUUUUUUUGUUUUUUGUUUUUUUUCUUUUCUUUUCUUUCUUGUGUCUUGUGUGUUUUUAUUUUAUUUUAUUUUAGGUUUCUUUUCUCCUUGUUGGAGUGGUGUGGACUGGUUGAGCAUAAAGCUGGAGUGCGUAAUUGGACAAGAGAGCUGAAGGUUGGAGUAGGUCAUGAGAUUGGAGAUUUGUGGAUAUUGUGAAAAGUUUGUGAGCAAUCCGAGGUUUGGUUUUUAAGAUUUUUGGAACAAGUUGGAGAGAGGUAUUGCCUACUCCUGACUUCAAUUGCUAUCGAACCCAGAUCCUAGAGUUUUUGGGUGAUUUUUUUUCAAGGAAGGUUGAUUGAUUGCGACGGGUAUAGUCUUGUGUGGUCGUUUCCUGCACUGUAGCUAUUGGUGUGGGAGGUUUGGUUUGUUUUUUGUUUUAGGGUUGCCUCGGCAAUGCUGGCCAGGCAAAGCAGCGUGUUGGUAUCUCGGCGGAUUUAUUCAUUGCAUUCGCAGUGCCCAUCAUUACAAAAAGAUCGUGUUCUUCGUUUAUCUUGGUGCGGGGCCAGGUGCUCCGGCUUCAGCCUGCCAACUUCCAAGUUGUUGAGUCUUGGGUGUGGUGGAGCUCAACCAAAGGGCAAGAAUAUUUGGUUUACAUUGAAGUUGAAGGCGAGUAUGGCAGGAGGGAUAGAUGUGGAUGGAGGUUCUACGUCGCACAAGCAUACUAAUCGGCUUGCUAAGGAGCAUAGCCCGUACCUCCUCCAACAUGCCCAUAAUCCUGUAGAUUGGUAUCCAUGGGGCGAAGAAGCUUUUGCCAAAGCACGAGAAGAGGAUAAGCCCAUCUUUCUCUCAGUCGGUUACAGCACCUGCCACUGGUGCCAUGUUAUGGAGGUGGAAUCAUUUGAGAAUGAAGAGAUCGCUAAGCUCCAGAAUGAAUGGUUCGUCAAUAUCAAGGUUGAUAGAGAAGAACGACCUGAUGUAGAUAAAGUGUAUAUGACUUACGUGCAAGCUUCACAAGGAGGUGGAGGAUGGCCCAUGAGUGUGUUCCUGACUCCUGAAUUGAAACCUAUUGUUGGUGGCACUUAUUUCCCUCCAGAUGACAAAUAUGGUCGACCGGGUUUUAAAACUGUGCUGAAACGUGUCCGAGAGGUGUGGGAAUCGAAGAAGGACGUGUUAAGAGAAUCAGGGAAACAGGUCGUCCAACAACUAGCUGAAGCUACUGCUGCAGUUGCCCCUUCCACAGAGCUCACAGAGAGCAGUGUCCCUGCUCAAGCUGUUACGCUUUGUGCUAAUCAGCUUUCCAAGGGAUUCGAUUCUAAGUUAGGGGGAUUCGGAGGAGCUCCAAAAUUUCCUCGGCCCGUAGAGGUAGCUCUCAUGAUGAGGAACUACAAGCGUUUGGAGCAGCAGGGCAAAGAGCAGUAUGCCACUAAAGCUCUUGAAAUGGCUCUUUUCAGCCUGCAAUGUAUGGCCAAUGGUGGCAUGCAUGAUCAUGUUGGAGGAGGAUUCCAUCGAUAUAGUGUGGACGAGUAUUGGCACGUGCCUCAUUUUGAGAAGAUGCUUUAUGACAACGCUCAGCUCGUGAAUGUUUACCUCGAUGCUUUUGCUGUCAGUAAGGACCUGACAUACUCGUAUGUCGCUCGGGAUGUUCUUGACUAUCUUAUUCGUGACAUGACACAUCCUGAAGGAGGAAUCUACUCGGCUGAAGAUGCAGAUAGUGCUGAAACUACAAGCUCCACCAAGAAAAAGGAGGGUUUGUUCUACAUCUGGACAUUGCAGGAGAUUGAAGAGGUCCUUGGCAAAGAGCAGGCUCAGAUGUUCAUUGCGUACUACUAUGUUAAAGCCGAGGGAAAUUGCGACCUUUCACGGAUGAGUGAUCCCCAUGGAGAAUUUGGGGGCAAGAAUGUGCUCAUCAAACGGUCUAAUGUUGAUAUAGCAACCAAGUUUGGGAAAAUGCCUGAAGACGUUUCUCAGUACCUAGGUCAGUGCAGGGCUAAGCUCCAUGCUUAUAGAUCUCAGCGGCCUCACCCUCAUCUCGAUGAUAAGGUGAUUGUUGCCUGGAACGGUCUUGCAAUAUCAGCCUUUGCAAGGGCUUCUCGUAUUCUUCUUAACGAACCCUCUGGUGUUCGCUAUGAGUUCCCUGUUACUGGGUGUCAUCCAAAGGAGUACUUGGUAGUUGCUGAGCGUGCAGCACACUUCAUAAAAUCUAAGCUCUACAAUGAGAAAACCAAAAGACUUACUCGUAGUUACCGAAAUGGGCCCUCGAAAGCCCCUGGCUUUCUAGAUGACUAUGCUUUUCUCAUUGCUGGACUCCUCGAUUUAUUUGAGUGUGGGGGUGAUUACAAGUGGCUCCAGUGGGCUCUCGAGCUUCAGUCCUCUCAGGACGAACAAUUUUUGGAUAAGGAAGGAGGAGCAUAUUACAUCACUCCAGAGGGCGACCCUUCCAUCCUCUUCCGUAUGAAGGAGGAUUAUGAUGGUGCAGAACCAUCUGGCAAUUCUGUCGCAGCCAUCAACCUUCUGCGCCUGUCAUCCUUGGUCACAGGAGAUCUUGCCGAGAGCGUUCACACCACUGCCGAACACCUUCUGGCUGUUUAUGAGCAACGAGUAAAGGAGGUGGCUAUGGCUGUGCCUCUUUUAUGUUGUGCAUUUGAUUCAUUCAGUGUUGCUGCCAAGCGCCAGAUCAUCAUUGCAGGUGUUCGAAACUCUCCAGACACUGAUGCCCUCAUGACUGCUUGUCAUGCUCCCUUCGAUCCUGACAGAAAUGUCAUUCUGAUAGAUGAAUCUAAUCCUGAAGAAAGGGAUUUCUGGCAAUCAGUCAAUUCAACCGCGCUUGCAAUGGCACGAAAAGCUCAAGAUGGAAGAGCACUCGCGUAUGUCUGCCAAAACUUCACCUGCCAAGCACCAACUGGAGACCAUGUCGCACUUGAACAGCUUUUGCGACAAACAUUCACAGGUCCGAAGAUUUAUUCAUUUAAAGCAGGUUUGGUAUCAAAGUAAAGGUGUGAAACCUAGUUCUGUACAGGAUAAAGACUAAUUAUAAAUAGAAUGCAGAACGUCCUUGUUGUCUACGGGUAGCUUAUCAACAGCCAGUGAAGCUAGUCAGUAUGAUUCUUGGCUUCUGGAUCACCUCUCAAUCUUCAGACUGGUCUUCGAAAUCUCACAUGUGAUAAAUCUUUAUGACAGAUUCUGAUCAACUGGUAUCGUUUGCUUCUAAACCUGUAGUCCUUGUGUGCAAUAGCUUGUUGAGAGGCAUUUCAGCUUGCAUACAAGCAUUUACGAGGCUUGUGUUAACCUGCAUUGAAGAACAUGUUUCUGGAA